GGGAGUAAAUCUAAUUGUUCCGGUAUGGAAGAGUGAAGAGGUUGACUGCAAGGCAAGCGAGUGAAUGCCUGGCAGUCAGAGUAACACAUUCACCGAAGCGCCAGAAGUGCUUCCUAUUGACUGUAUGGUCUGUAUCCUCCGGCUCCCAGUAAUCUUUCUCCUUUUUUGCUCUCCCAAACAACCAACUGAAGAGCCACACAGGGCAGAAAGCUUCAUGUUCUCUUACAGAUCCUCUCAGAUUGCAAACCUUUGAUCUACCAAGCACACUUACCACACCAUUCCUUUCAACCGGAGCUUAGCUCGGGAUUCCUGACUCUUUGGAUUCUAGGCAAGGUAAGUGCU